CUUCACUCACUGCACUACCACGACCAACAUCAUGUCUACUCAAGCCGUCGCGUUCGAUUGGCUCCCUCAGGAAGUGAUGGAGAAUAUUGCUUUCUUCGCAGCAACCACGACAGAUGUAGGACCUCCCGAUCUGCUCCCUCUACUUCUAAGCUGCAGGAGCGUAUACCGUGCUCUAUCAUUCGAGACAAAUCUACAUCUUUGCGCGCGCAUAUUUGAGUAUAAAUUCGAUCUUAGUGCCGCCGUUCGCCGUCUGGGCCCGCAGGUCGCCACACCUGAUAUCUUAUCGAAGGAGUUGCGCAAACGAUUUGUUUGCCUGAAGCGGAUACGGGCGCGGACGGAUUCCCAAAUACGCGCACCAGAUACUAUGUCGAAUUCGCCGAUCAUUAGCGAGUUGCUUUGGCUUGCCUACCUAAUGAUGCUUGAAAAUGACGGAAAGAAUGUCAAGCAACUGAGGGAGUACGCAGGAAUAGAGCGAUGGUUGAUGGAGUAUUGGUUCGAUGACGAGGGUGCAUCGCUCGCCUCGAAGACCCUCUUGGAAGAUGUGUGGCCGCUCAAUAAUGAGCACAAUUCUCUGGCAAUGUGGUUGUUUUGGUUGUUUCUCAGACCCGACCGUUUCCAGCGUACCGAAAGGAACUAUCGGACUUUUGCAACCGUUUUGAAACCGACUGCUUUAGCAGCCAACAAGUAUAAUAUAUGUCACGCCCCAUGGGAGGACUUUGUCCCCAGGUCCUGUCUGCUUGAGCCUACGUGCAUAAAUCACUAUUCUAAUUCAUAUCAACUGACUCCACCGACUAUGGCUAUUCCUGCAAUCCUCUCUUACCUCAGCUUGGUGGGUCCCCUUUUAGGUCCAGCAAGGGUUGUCUACAAAGGACCACAUACACCGAACAGUUUUCCAUUCUCUCUGAAUCAGAGUCUUGAGUGGGAAGCUGAUUGGCAGAGGUGCAUGAAUCUCGCUGAAAAUCCUCUCGCCAAUCAAUUCUCGGGUGCAUAUAAAGUCGGCAGUAUACAAGGUGUGUGGGAAGGUGUCUUUACGUACACAGAAUUCACUACCUAUGCUGCGCUUCUGUCUGGACGCUCCCCUUCAAUCCUUCAUAAUUGUAUGGUUGCGCAGCAUCGUCAAACAUGGAAGUUACGAGAGUAUCACUUAAUUGUAUCAAGGGGCGCUGAUGGCAUUGCCGACGGCGUAAAAUCACCGCGUUUUUUUCCGUCUGGCAUCCGCAUUCACGAGCACGCAGGCGGUGCGGAGGUACACGAGCCUGGGAAAAUGGCUCCACUUUCUUACAGCCAGCCGUCGGCUUGUGGCGAGGAAGCCGAGGGCUUCAAGUGCCCCGAGGUUCAAGAUAUUAUUGUCGUAGGAGAGGGUCAUUCUGCUUGGGGUCAAUUCAAUGUCAUUGGUAGGGUACGACCUUGCGACGGGUUUGUUAGUUUUUUGAAGGAAUAUGUCGAAGGCGAUCGAGGACAAUGGCUUUACCGGGGCUAUCUGGUUGGUAGCAUCAACGGGAGCCUCACUGGGCGCUGGCGAGACACGCUCAGUCUCCCCGGUGCCAACGGUUAUGAGGGCUGUUUCGUGAUGAGUAGGCGGAGAUAACGGAAUCAUAUACUGAUUUCUGGAUAUAAAUUCAGUUUACCGAUAUCCUUACUUCUAUGCAAGUUUGAGCGAAACCAGAGCGUGUGCAUCUCGCCUGGGCUAGUCUUACAACAAGGUUUGCCGGUCCGUGCAGGAUUAGUCCGGCUGCUGAGUGACAGAACA